AUGGAAACUCUUGACAAUGAAAAAUGGAUUGAUCUCCAAGCUCAAAUAGAUGAUUAAAACUAAAUAAUUAAACGUAAUGUUAUUAUAAAUAUUAAAGAUUAAUAGGAGGAUAUCAACUAAUACAAAUAAAUCAUAUCAAGUUAUAAAACAUAAAUAAAUCAAAUGGAGAAUAGAAUGAAUUAAUUUACAUAAGCAGAAGUAUUAUUAAGAGAUGCAAAUCAUAGAAAUGAUAUUUUGAUAGCAGAAAUAGAAAGAUUAAAUGUUAUCGUUUUUCAAUAAGGAAAUGAAGUAGAGGAAUGGAAAAACAAAGCAUAACGUUUAGAUUUAGCUUUAUAAGAAUACAAAUAAUUUGAACUCAGUAAUAGAGAUAUGGUUCUUAAAGCAACAAGAUUGGCUGAGGAAGUAGAAAGAUUAAAAGAUUUAUUAACAAAAAAAUAGCUUGAUUACUAAUAACUAUAAAUAGAACUUAAUUAAACAUUAUAAGAAUUAGAAGAUGAAAGAAAUAAGGUUAAAUUACUUGAAGAUAGAUUAGCUGAAUUUGAAUCAGAAACACCAACAGAAAAAGCUCUAAAGCAAAUUCUGAUUUAAAAAACAGAAAUAAUAAGAUUACAAUAAAUGAUUUAAAGUUUGAAUAAUAAAAUUUAAUUAUAGCAAUAAGAAAUUGAUGAAUUAAACACUAAAUAUAAUAAUUAAUUAAGAGCUAAUGAUGAUUUGAGAACUUCUGCUGAAGCAAAUGAAAAAAAAGCAAAGAAAGCUGAAUUUGAUCUUUAGAAAGCUUUAGAAGAAAUAGAAAAAUUAAAAAAAUAAUUAGUUGAUGCAUAAAAUGCUAAAUAAGUAGUUUAAAAUGUACCAUAAGGAGUAGAUUAAUAAAAAGUUGAUUAGAUGUAAGAUUUAAUUUAAAGUCUUUAAAAAUAAUUAAGAGAAACUGAAGAUAAUUUAUAAGAUGCACUUAAUAAACUUAGAGAUGCUGAAAAUAGAAUUAAAUAAUUAGAAAGACAACUUAAGGAUAUGGAAAUAUAGAAUUAAAUGGCAUAAGAUAGAUUAAAAGCUUAAUAAUUAUUAUAAUCAUAAAUGAAUAAUAAUAAUAAUAAUAAAUAAUAAGUUAAUCCUUCUGAUAUUAUUGCUGAUUAUGAAAGAUAAAUUCAGGAAUUAUUGAAAGAAUUGGAAAAACUUAGAAAUGCUAAACCAUUUGAUGACAGAAUGUUAAAAAGAUAAAUAUAAGAUUUGUAAUCAUUAAUAGUUCUUAUGUGUGCUGAAAUAGAAGCCCUAAGAGCUAAAAUUAGAUGAG